AUGUCAAGGCAAUACACUGUUGAAAAAGAGACAUUUCAAUAUGCGAAGUUUGAUUAUCAGAAAUUGGCAGACGUUGAAAUUAUUCCCAAUGAUAUGAUGAUGCAACUGAAUACCAGGAAGGGGAUAGAUCCUGGAGUUUACCAAGAUUACAUCAAUUGUCAAAGUGUAACAAUCUUUAAUCUUGAUCGAUUG